AUGACGAGCAGCGCCCGCACUACCAGACGACAUAUCGAUCUUUCCACCGUCACACCUUCCCAACUCGAUCUCAGCCCAUCCCAUCUGGACAAACUACGCGCCGACCUCUCCCAGGCCUCAACGCACCUCAAGCACCUCACCGAAACCAUCAUCGCGCCAGAAGAUCUAAGCGCCCUAAACGAAAGACUGGACGGCAUAGAGGCCGACAUGGAGACACUCCGGCUCGUUCGGGAAAUGACCGAUGCGCUGAGGGUGACGGUAUGCGAACGCGAGUUGGGACGGGCGAGGCGGCGGGUGGUAUGCCCCCUUCCUGUCGCUGAGUCGUAUGCUUCUGGAGUAGCUGGGGCCCAGUCUGGGCAGACUGAGGGAAUGCUUUGUCGGCCCAAGAACUAUCGGAGGGCCAAACUGUGCGGCUCGGCGGGCUCGGCGGGUGAGGUGGGCUAG